AUGACUCAGCUGGCCGACACCUUGCUGUCACAUCCCUUGCCGCGCAGCGAUGAUGGCAAGCUUGCCGUUCGCACCCCAUCGGAGAGCCCCAGCCGCAGCCGCAGCCCGGCCAAGUCUGAAAAGCAGACACUCCCAAUUAGGAGCCGGGACAGCCGCCGGAUCGAUAGCAAUUCACCUGGAUGGUCUGAUUCGGAGAUCCGCCCUGUUCGAUCACUGUCGGCCCCGUCACUGAUCUGGCAUGGCCAUCAUCCACACGAUUCGCACCAGCCAGAAAACCCUCGCCGAUUCCCGUCAGCUCCGCCACAGAAGCGCGAGACAAAGAGCUCUGGCGAGAUGGUUGAUUUCCAGCCGCUCAGUGCGACUGCCAGGAAUCACCUUGGACGGAUUCUGCAGGGUCAAUUUGGGAUGCAGGAGGAUGGACUGGACGAGCCAGUGCCGUCAUCGCCUGUGGGAAGGAGAAAGGUCAGGGAACCGGUGGAGUUGGCAGAGCUUUCAAAGAAGAAGGAUUUCAUUCAUCGACUCGUGGAAAACCAAUGUUUCGUGGGUGGCUUCAUGGUGCUUACGCUGUUCGCUCUCUUUGUGCCGGAUCUUGAUUUGCUUCUGGGCACAGUGGAGACCCAGCAGCUCCUAAGUGUAGUGAUGACAGUUGCUUGCUUCCUCUUCCUCGUUGAGAUCGUUGUGCAGUGCUUCGGGAAGAAGGGGUAUGUUUUUGGUGCAUACUUCUGGCUCGAUGUGAUCGCCUUGAUCUCACUGCUGCCGGACACAUGGCUCUUCAAAGCCGUGUUUGAGUCCAACCAGGCCUUUGUUGCUGGCCGGUCCUCGCGUCUGGCGAGGCUGCUGCGCGUUGCCUCACGUUCCUCGAAGGCGACGAGACUGAAUCGGCUGACCCGCAUCGUCCGUGUGGCCGCUCUGAUGCCAAGGCUUGGCAAAGUCUGUUCCAAGCGCGCCAAAACCAACGACACAAAUCGUGUCCUCGACAAGAAGUUGAGACGCGUCUUCAACUUUUUGGACAGUGAUAUGGAUGGGCUCGUCUCACGUGUCGCGGUGCCGAGCGUUGUGGCCGAGCUCAAGGCAGGAGAUGCAUCCGACGAGCAGGUCGCCCUUGUGAACCUCAUGAAGUCCAAGGUUGCGAGCACGCUUGGUGCCAUGAGACGUCUGGGCACGAAGGCUGCGAACCGGUCAGAGCACGUUUCCGAGGGUGCCAGGUCGAAAGCAUCGCAGCGGCUGGAGUUUGACUUCGAGCCAGAAUCGCCGAACCCAUCGCAAGCUACUUCCGGACCAGGUCCACUGGAUGCGCUUCCAACGCCCUGUUGCAGCGAGAAUCAGAGCAUUCCGCCCAAGCCGGAAAGUAGCCAUGCCAGCCCUCGUCGGCGGUCGCCUCUCAGCCGGGCGCACACAGUGCAGGCCAGGAUGAAGGUGAGUCUGGCAACGAGCACGGCAUCCCAGCUAACGAAGCAAACACCGGAUGAGGAGGAAGAGGAAAUGGGGCUUGUUGAUUUCCAAGCGUUCAAAGAACUGAUGUUGGAAGACAAAUGGGUGGAAGAGAAGCUCCGCCGCUCCUGCGAGCAGCAGCUUAAGCAGGCGAGCAACAUGAAGAACCUUACCUCACGGCACGCAGAAUAUGUGGCCGUCCAGGUGGCGCUGGGUGUUCUGGCGCUUCUCUUCGUGCUCAACAUCAUCGAACCCACGGUUACCAACAACUCGGCACUUCGUGGCCUGGGUUUUUGCGACAAGUUGGUUCGACAAGAGUUUCCCGACAUCACGGACUAUGCUGAAGUGCCUGAACUUGUCAAAGAACAGGUUGAGGUGUGGCUUCAUGCGAUGGAGAAGAGCAUCGGCACAAGAUCGCUGCUCUAUCUAGAUUUGGACAAGAAGGUGUACUGCGAUGAGAUCUCCUCAGGUGACUCUUGCUCUUCCGUUCAGUCCUUCAAAGGGCCUCGGCGUGUUCUGAACGACUUGGACGACGAAGUGAGGAACACCGGAAUCAGGCAAGUGGAUCUGGUGCUUCUUCGCUUUCCAGACUUCUCUGAUAGUGAGGUCUCUGCAGAAGAGUUAGAGCUUCGGACAACUGCCAUUGCGGUGAUAUUUGACCGUGCCAGAACGUCGACAGAGGCGUGGAUGUCGCUGCUGACUACAGCCUCAGUCAUUGUCAUCAUCCUCGCCGGAAUUGUCCUGCUGACCAGGGAUUUGACUUUCCUCUCCCACCAUCUGCUGAGGCCUUUGCGUGAUCUUGCCGAUGACAUGGAAAGCAUCGCGCAGUUCGCCGGUGUUGGAAGUGAGGAAGAGGCUGGGGGGGAGCCCGAGACUAGCGAGGUGCUUCUCAUCAGGAGGACUUUCGACAAUAUGAAGAAAGCUGUUCGGUCGUGGGGCAAGUACGUUCCGCUGCCGGUUGUGCAGCUGCUUCUCAGAGAUGGCGAGGAGGCCAAGCUCGAGGUCAGGGAACGAAAGGUAACCAUGUUCUUCUCUGACAUCGCGAACUUCACAACGAUAGUGGAGAGCAUCGAGCCGGCUGCCUGCCUGGUUCUUCUCAGCCGCUACUUCAAUGACAUGUCCAAGGUCAUCGACGAUCACAGCGGUGUUGUGCUGGAAUUCAUCGGUGAUGCGAUCCAGUGUAUCUAUGGUGCACCUCUAGAAAACGAGCGCCAUCCCACCUUGGCGGUGGAGGCCGGCAGGAACGAGUGA